CCUUAAUGGAAUUAUCCCAAGUGUAGAGUCAAUAUUGUCUAAACAGAAUGCGAUUUGUAACCAAUUAUGUAGCCACGGUAAAGAUUUGACAGAAGUAAAAACCUUUGUCGCUGGAGUAAAUACUGUAUUUGAACAAACCAGAGAUGUAAUGGAGAAAGUGAAUGUAAAAACAGAGGAAAUAAAGGAAGAUGUAGGAGAUGUAAAACACAGGCUUGAUAGGAUAGAGUUUAUGUUUUCCAUGUCAUUAAAACGGCAAAGAGAAAAUCCUGAAGAGUGUGUUACAGGAGAGAAAAAAAGAAAAUUAAAUCUUGAUGUAGAUGCUAUUUCUACAGCAUGGGAUGAAGAAAGGACAACAAGUAACUUAGAUGACAAAAUGCAGGCAAUUACAAAACGUGCUGAUAAAGAUCAUUAUGAUGACAACAAGGGAUUUGUAAUAGAGAAAGUAGAAAACAAAUGUAUACAUUUGGAACUGAGUGCCUCUCCAGACGUAUUCGGAAGUCCGCAAAAAUUGAGAAUAGCUAUCAAAUCUCUUAUCCGUCAGUUUGUAAUAGCCGGCGAACUCGAUGGAAAUGUUCCAGCGACUGUAAAUAUAAAUAUUACAGUGAACAGCGCACUUACAACAAAAGAGAAGAAUGUUGUCUAUACAGUAUUUAGUGAAAAUGAUACCUUGGACGGGUCAGAUUACGAUGAGAAAUUGCAAAUUGAACAAAAGCCACGUUUAAAUGAUAAAGUACCAACUGUUGAACCAGAUCAACAGAUAGCUUCUACUUCAGCAAAGCGGAUAUCAGUUCAUCUAGAAAAAAAUAAAUUCAACUUGCAAAUUAAAGGCCUUCCACACAGUUUAUCAAACUCAAUGGAUAAGGAACACAACAUGAAUAUUGAAGAAAGUGUCGAUUUCUCUGUGAUAUGGACCUGGCAUUACACACAAAAGAAACACUCAUGGGAUGUUGUUUCCAUAGCAGAUACUAUUAAUAGUAAAAUACAGCAUCUACGCGACUGGUUCCAUGUAGAGUAUGCAAAAAUAGAUAUAUCUGGGAGGCUAGCUCUUCAAACAACUACAGCUAGUCAUACAUUUAGCUCACUUUCAUCACUUGAAAUGGCAGUGAAAUCCUUUCUAGAAAAAUUCAUUGAAGUGUGUGACUUUGAAAAAUACAUUGAAGAAGAGCAAAUGAUUAAACUCGAUGUGACAUGCCAGUUAAAUGAGGAUAAUGACGAUAAUCCCGAAAUUAGGAGAGAAGAAAUGGAAAAGCCAGUUGAUACAAUACUUACAUGUGACGACUGUAAGAAAGAUUUGAUAUGCCUUGUGUGCAAAACCAGUAAGAGCUUGAUAUCAAGAUUGAAUGAUAAACUGCAAGAGCAAAGGAACACUAUCAUGAGAUUACAAAGACGCAUGUCGACAUUUGGAGAAUGGAAUGAAGGUUUUGCUGAUGAUGUCUUUUCAUCGGACGACGAAACAGAGGAUUUGGAUUUUGAGCGGAUAUCAGUUCAUCUAGAAAAAAAUAAAUUCAACUUGCAAAUUAAAGGCCUUCCACACAGUUUAUCAAACUCAAUGGAUAAAGAACACAACAUGAAUAUUGAAGAAAGUGUCGAUUUCUCUGUGAUAUGGACCUGGCAUUACACACAAAAGAAACACUCAUGGGAUGUUGUUUCCAUAGCAGAUACUAUUAAUAGUAAAAUACAGCAUCUACGCGACUGGUUCCAUGUAGAGUAUGCAAAAAUAGAUAUAUCUGGGAGGCUAGCUCUUCAAACAACUACAGCUAGUCAUACAUUUAGCUCACUUUCAUCACUUGAAAUGGCAGUGAAAUCCUUUCUAGAAAAAUUCAUUGAAGUGUGUGACUUUGAAAAAUACAUUGAAGAAGAGCAAAUGAUUAAACUCGAUGUGACAUGCCAGUUAAAUGAGGAUAAUGACGAUAAUCCCGAAAUUAGGAGAGAAGAAAUGGAAAAGCCAGUUGAUACAAUACUUACAUGUGACGACUGUAAAAAAGAUUUGAUAUGCCUUGUGUGCAAAACCAGUAAGAGCUUGAUAUCAAGAUUGAAUGAUAAACUGCAAGAGCAAAGGAACACUAUCAUGAGAUUACAAAGACGCAUGUCGACAUUUGGAGAAUGGAAUGAAGGUUUUGCUGAUGAUGUCUUUUCAUCGGACGACGAAACAGAGGAUUUGGAUUUUGAGCGGAUAUCAGUUCAUCUAGAAAAAAAUAAAUUCAACUUGCAAAUUAAAGGCCUUCCACACAGUUUAUCAAACUCAAUGGAUAAAGAACACAACAUGAAUAUUGAAGAAAGUGUCGAUUUCUCUGUGAUAUGGACCUGGCAUUACACACAAAAGAAACACUCAUGGGAUGUUGUUUCCAUAGCAGAUACUAUUAAUAGUAAAAUACAGCAUCUACGCGACUGGUUCCAUGUAGAGUAUGCAAAAAUAGAUAUAUCUGGGAGGCUAGCUCUUCAAACAACUACAGCUAGUCAUACAUUUAGCUCACUUUCAUCACUUGAAAUGGCAGUGAAAUCCUUUCUAGAAAAAUUCAUUGAAGUGUGUGACUUUGAAAAAUACAUUGAAGAAGAGCAAAUGAUUAAACUCGAUGUGACAUGCCAGUUAAAUGAGGAUAAUGACGAUAAUCCCGAAAUUAGGAGAGAAGAAAUGGAAAAGCCAGUUGAUACAAUACUUACAUGUGACGACUGUAAAAAAGAUUUGAUAUGCCUUGUGUGCAAAACCAGUAAGAGCUUGAUAUCAAGAUUGAAUGAUAAACUGCAAGAGCAAAGGAACACUAUCAUGAGAUUACAAAGACGCAUGUCGACAUUUGGAGAAUGGAAUGAAGGUUUUGCUGAUGAUGUCUUUUCAUCGGACGACGAAACAGAGGAUUUGGAUUUUGAGCGGAUAUCAGUUCAUCUAGAAAAAAAUAAAUUCAACUUGCAAAUUAAAGGCCUUCCACACAGUUUAUCAAACUCAAUGGAUAAAGAACACAACAUGAAUAUUGAAGAAAGUGUCGAUUUCUCUGUGAUAUGGACCUGGCAUUACACACAAAAGAAACACUCAUGGGAUGUUGUUUCCAUAGCAGAUACUAUUAAUAGUAAAAUACAGCAUCUACGCGACUGGUUCCAUGUAGAGUAUGCAAAAAUAGAUAUAUCUGGGAGGCUAGCUCUUCAAACAACUACAGCUAGUCAUACAUUUAGCUCACUUUCAUCACUUGAAAUGGCAGUGAAAUCCUUUCUAGAAAAAUUCAUUGAAGUGUGUGACUUUGAAAAAUACAUUGAAGAAGAGCAAAUGAUUAAACUCGAUGUGACAUGCCAGUUAAAUGAGGAUAAUGACGAUAAUCCCGAAAUUAGGAGAGAAGAAAUGGAAAAGCCAGUUGAUACAAUACUUACAUGUGACGACUGUAAAAAAGAUUUGAUAUGCCUUGUGUGCAAAACCAGUAAGAGCUUGAUAUCAAGAUUGAAUGAUAAACUGCAAGAGCAAAGGAACACUAUCAUGAGAUUACAAAGACGCAUGUCGACAUUUGGAGAAUGGAAUGAAGGUUUUGCUGAUGAUGUCUUUUCAUCGGACGACGAAACAGAGGAUUUGGAUUUUGAUAAUUCAGUGAUAAGGAAGAGAAAAAGUAGAACUGAAAUGUCAACAGAACUACUAGAUAAAGAUCAAGCAGCAAAAGCUUUGAAAAAAUUGAAAAUGUCAACUGAGGUGGAAACAGAAAAGGAGUUGACUAACACAGAAUCUGUGAAAGAAUUACAGGAUUACGUGAUUAAUAAAGAAAAGGCCUUACAGAAACUUGGGGAAAUAUAUUUACUAGACAUGAAAAUAAAAGAAGUACAACGAGAAAAGAAACGCCAGACAGAAAACAAACGCCAUGAAUAUGACAUGACCUUACCAACUACAACAAUGUUUUUGGAAUUCAUGCCAGACUGUCUUAUAUCUGACUUUAAAAGACAGCGUAAAGAAAGAAGCGCUAUUAUUGGAGCACUUGCAAAAAUAGUCACCACAAACAGGAACAAAGUAGUUCCACAAGAAGAUAAGAGGUAUUUAGAAGAUUUGGGUACGUAUUGUUUAUACAUUUUCAACAACUUUACAGCGUAUUUUAAAUGCUGGAUAGUUGAGGAAAUAACAUCACAUACAGCUUAA